AUGGCACCCCCCCUCCCCCAGAUGGGACCGAGGGUGGGGACCGCCAUCCACCUGCCCCGCCCGGCCCCCACCGCGACGGUGCCGCAGCCCGGCGCCCCCGCCCGCUCCCGCAUCCCCGCCCCCCCUUCCCAGGCUGCCUCACUCGGUGACGUCAGCGCCCCGGUCCCCGCCGCGGCCGCCGCAUCCUCCGCGCCCGCCGCCGAGCGGAGUCCGCGCCCCCCGCGCUUCGCCUCGGGCAUUGGCUGCGGGUGGCCGCCGAUGGCGCCCCCGCGCCGUGCUGCUGCUGCUGCUGUGGCGGCGUCGCCGCCGCCCCGCGCCCGCCGCCGGGCCCUUCGCCCGCAGCUCGAGGGGGGCGCGCAGAGGUGCACUGCCCGGCUUGCCGCGUCGCGACUGGCCGCGGCAGAGCCCCGGGUGCCCCUCCCCCAGGCAGAGCCCCAGGGCCCCUCCGAGUCCCCCUACGACCGGGCCGCUCUGACCAGCGCCUGCGAGCGGGGCUGCCGCCUCUACUCCAUCUGCCGGUUUGUGGCCAGGAGCUCCAAGCCCAACGCCACCCAGGCGGAGUGUGAAGCAGCAUGCCUGGAAGCCUACGUGAGGGACUCGGAGCAGCAGGCCUGCAGCCAGGGCUGCUGGAGCCAGCCCCCCGAGGAGCCCGAGCCGGAGCCGCAGCAGAAGAGAAAGGUCCUGGAAGCUCCGAGUGGGGCCCUCUCCCUCCUGGACUUGUUUUCCACCCUCUGCAAUGACCUUGUCAACUCAGCCCAGGGCUUCGUGUCCUCUACCUGGACGUACUACCUGCAGACCGACAGUGGGAAGCUGGUGGUGUUCCAGACCCAGCCCGUGGUGGAGAGCCUUGGGCCCCAGGGCGGCCGCCCGCCCCGCGUGGAGGUGACCUGGCGGGGACCCCACCCCGAGGCCCUGGAGGUGCACGUGGACCCCGUAGGCCCCUUGGAUAAGGUGAGGAAGGCCAAGAUCCGAGUCAAGACCAGCAGCAAGGCCAAAGCGGAGUCUGAAGAACCUCAGGACAGUGACUUCCUCAGUUGCAUGUCCCGGUGGGUGCCAGGACCCUGGGGGGUGGGGCGUGGGGGUGGGGGUGGGGGAGGGGAGGCUCCCCUAGCCUGGGCGGGGGCUGGGGAAACUGAGCCAUGGCUGCUGGCCGGGCAGGCGCUCGGGGCUGCCUCGCUGGAUCCUGGCCUGCUGCCUCUUCCUGUCCGUGCUGGUCAUGCUCUGGCUAAGCUGCUCCACCCUGGUGACCGCCCCGGGCCAGCACCUCAAGUUCCAGCCGCUGACCCUGGAGCAGCACAAGGGCUUCCUGGUGGAGCCGGACUGGCCCCUGUACCCUCCGACGUCACACGCCUACGAGGACAGCACACCGCCCUACAAGCUGAAGCUGGACCUGACCAAGCUGUAGGCGGCCCCUGCCUGGGCUCCUCCACCCCCAAGUUGUGUUUCUCCCCCGGUCCCGCCCUGCAGCCCCCUGAGUCCUGGGGAACCGAUGCCUCCCCCGGGGGUGGGGGUGGGGUCCCUCCAGUCCCGCUGUCCUGUCCCCCGGCUCUCGGGGAGGGGGCGUGCUCCUGUCCGCCUUCUGUCCUGUGGCUGUCUGAGUAUGUGACCGCCAGCCCUGGGCCGCCUCGCUUCUUCCUUCUCUCUCCCCUCUCUGCAGGGGGUGUGUGUGUGUGGGGGGGUGAGGCCGCAGGGGUGCUGCCUCCUGCCGGGGCCUACCCUCCCUCUUCUCUCCCUCCCCGCCUUGCCUUCUUCGGGCACCUGGCUCCCGAGAUUGGGGGCGCAGGCAGCUCUGCCCUGGGGGGAGGGCCGGUGGGCGCAGCAUGGGGUGGGGAGGAAUAAACCGAGUCCAUGAGCGAGUCGUGA